GUUCACGAGCGCGUGGAAGAUUACAGCUGUUACCAGGCCAAUAUCGAGGCAUUCGGAAGACUCAAGAUAUCUGUAGCCGGAACACUUGCUGUCCGUAAUGAAGCACUGAAGAAAAAAGAGCGUAGACUGAAACAGGAGUUCAAGAAUCUUUAUGAGCAGUGGACUGAAAAGAACGUCGCGUUGGACAGAGUGCGAGACCAUGAGCGAAAGGCAUCUGAAAAAUACUCAUCUAAUCCGUACCAUGUUCCAGGUACUGGAUCCUGGACAUCUGAUGCAGCUCGCUCUGAAGCCGAAUUGUUAGAAAUCAUCCAGUCUCUCGAAUCUGCUGAAAUGAGAAACCCUGAGUUGCGUGCCAAAAAGACAACUGCGACCAUUCCACCCAUGAUUCUUGACGUACGGGAG